AUAUGGAUGGAUAACUAUGACGUCGGGUCAAAUGGAUGUGUCGCUGUGGCUGAGCGCCUUCCAACCUUAAAGCACGCUUGCCCUAUCCAGGACUAACUCCACCUUCACGCCAUCCAUGCCAUGCCAUAUAUGAUACAACACCACGGGCUUCAAUAAUAUUUAAAUCUUGCAAUCCUCAUCUCCGCGCGUCGCGGUCUCUGAGCUCAAAUUCCCCGUGUCUUCAUCGAAGCCCCUUGAUCUUCUUAGUGCUACGAUCCCUCGAUGAACGAAUCCUCUGACGACCCUCCAUUAAUAGACCGCAUUGCUCGCCGGUGCCAAGUCAGGGCUGCUGCUCAUGAAGACUCACUAGGCGUAAACAGCCGCGCUAAUCACGACAGUAAUCAUAUCCUACCCAUAACAAAUUCUUCUGCUCAAAAACAUGACCCAGAUGACAGAGCUGGUAACAAGCCCAGUUGUCAAGAUGAGUCAAAACCUGUCCCCACGACUGAAGCAGCCUCAGUCGUUUCCCGCUCCCUUUCGGCCAAAAACGAUACUGGGAGUGAGGAAAAUGCUGCCACCAUAGGAGCUGUGGAAAAGGACUCUCCCAUAAUUCGAAUAUAUCGCACCAUACGCUUGAUUAUUUUGUCAAGCUGGAUAAAUUGGGCUCUCGUUUUUGUCCCCAUUGGAAUUGCCUUGGGCGCGGUGAAUCGUUCCAUGGGACAUGAGAGUCCGAUCAGUCCUAUCAGUCCAACCGUGGUGUUCUCUAUAAAUGCCGUGGCCAUUGUUCCUUUGGCUUCACUGCUUAGUUUCGCGACUGAGAACGCUGCGAGAAACCUAAGUGACAAAAUUGGAGCACUAUUGAAUGUCACGUUCGGAAAUGCCGUGGAACUCAUUAUAUUUAUAGCACUUGUAGCUAAAGAAGUCCGAAUCGUGCAGGCAUCUCUGCUUGGGUCCAUUCUAGCAAAUUUACUGCUUAUUCUAGGAAUGUGUUUCCUAUUUGGUGGACUUCGAUAUCGAGAACAGCUGUACAAUUCAAACAUUACCCAAAUGAGUGCCGCUUUGCUCAGUCUCAGCGUCAUGAGCCUUCUCUUACCAACCGCUUUCCAUGCCUCAUUCAACAAUAUGGAGACUGCCGAUGCCGUUGUAUUGAAAGUGAGCAGGGGUACCAGCGUGAUCCUUCUGCUGGUAUAUGUUCUAUACUUGCUAUUUCAACUCAAAUCUCACGCGUACUUUUAUGAAAGUACCCCUCAACACAAAAUUGACGAAGAAUCUCAUCCAGGAGUCCUGGCCGACAUGUUAAAUUCCCCCAGCUCAUCGGAAUCUAGCUCAUCAAGCGAUAGUGACAGUGACGGAACAUCGGGGUCCUACACACGAACAAAGCGCAUCAAAAACGCGCUCAAGAAACGGCGACGUCAUAAGCAGAGCAUUAACUCGAAAGACGUGAGACAAAGCUUUUCAUCGGCUUCCUUUAGUCGUACCGUUUCAUCAAGCUCGCAGCCAAUGACAGAAUCAGCCCCAUCGCAGUCCAAACGACACUCAGAAUUUAUGUCGGCUGGUAUGGAGCAAGCAGUUAGUGUAAAUGAGGUGGAUACGGAUGAGACAAAUACGACUCAAGACUCUCCUCGAUCUCGCCCCGUUUGCAAGGAUUUUGCCUGCCCCGACUCCUCUGUUAACAUUCACGGGAGCAGACACAAGCAAACAAAGAAUCGCCACAAUCACAACGAAGGUAAAGAGCGCGUGGACAGUGUCAAUAGCCCUGUGAUGGAUCAGAAUGGUCGGGACGACCACCCAACCUUUGAUUCCACUCCGCCCACCCACGCCAAACGACAGGUUAACUUUACCACUGAUUCUGCCAAUUCUGCCGAGCCAAUGGCCGCAAAACUGCCCCUCGCUGCACGUAGUCUGUCCCAGCGGCAGGUCCUUCCGCGAGUUUUCAUGAACAAACCACAUUUGUACUCUGCUCAUAGUACUACAACGGCUCCCUUCGGCAGUCAAUGUAGUUCUGGUGACGGUGAAUGUGGUUUAAGACGUGCAAAUUCGCUUCCUGGUCGUUUGCAAAGCCCGUUUAGUCGCCCAAUAAUGCCUUCAGCUCAGCCACUUCCGCGCCUCAUGACUAUUGCUCCAUCACAGGGUCCCGAUGGAAUUGCAACUGAGGCUAUAGGGUCAUGUCAUAUAUCCCGCACGGCUUCUAUUAUUCUCCUAGUUGUGUCCACAGCCCUUGUCGCAGUCUGCGCGGAGUUUCUAAUCGAUAGCAUCGGAUACCUCGUUGAGAAUACUGGCGUCAGCCAAGCCUUUAUUGGGUUGGUUAUCUUGCCUAUUGUUGGCAACGCUGCUGAACACAUCACUGCGGUGGUAGUAGCCGGCAAGAACAAAAUGGAUCUCGCCAUUGGUGUUGCACUGGGGAGCAGUAUUCAGAUUGCUCUGUUUGUGACACCCGUCAUUGUGCUGCUGGGAUGGUGCCUAAAAACUGAGAUGUCGCUCUAUUUUAGCCUAUUUGAAACUAUCUCACUAUUUGCCUCUACUUUCAUUGUCAACUAUCUGGUCCUAGACGGCAGGACCAAUUACCUCGAAGGAGCUCUUCUCAUAUCCGCUUACGUGAUCAUUGCCCUAGCGGCUUUCUUUUAUCCCUCAUGUGAGAAUCUAAGCAUGGCUAGUGGACCAUACGAUGCAGGAGCGUGUUAAAAGAAAUGUUGGCUUUCUCGUUGAUGAGGCUAGUGCUGGGCGUUGAGACGGCGUAGCAUUUCGGUCUUUUAAUAGGGACUGUGUGAAAUGGACAUGGCUUGCUGAUCAAGGUGGUUAGCUCGGCUCGCAAUGAGUUGUGCUAUGGAACACGAGCCCUGGGUUAAUUACUGCCCAAUGAUAUCACAAUAUGCAGGCACUGCUCUAAUUGAUGUAAAUAUUUCUAAAGUGCACAUGCUUCCUAAGUCCAAUCUCAUUAUUGUCAUGUCUCACUCAACAUUCUUCAUCAUGGCAUUGAACUUCCAUUCCACAGUCAUCCUCAGUCAAUUCAUUGCCCAAUUGUCAAUGCAUAUAUAAUUUGAGACAAUUAUCACUCCAUCUUUGGAUGUUUAGAGAUUUGUUCAAACAGUAUAUCUGUAAAUAAUACUGCACUUCAUCUUCUUGUAGCUAAUACUGUAUAUUCAAAUUCUUCAGAAUAAAUCUCAGCGUCAUCCCAGUCAAUCAGUCAAAUCUUGCACUUAAGAUCUAGUAUCAAAUUCUGGGGUGCAAUAUCUUGAUGCAUAAGAGUCAACUUAUUAAAACUAAAGAGUGGAAUAGUAUCUAAAGCUUGCAUGAAACUUUGUUCAAUUUCAAGUUCAAAGUUAAAUCAAGUCUUCAUUGCUAUAACAUCUCUGAAUGAUCCAUCUUCUAUAUCACUAAACCAGCACCCUUUGGCCUUGUAAAAUUGACAGUCUACUGGGCCUGGUUGUUGGGGUACCUGAGCUGACUGCAAAGCAAGAAACAUAGAAGUCAUCUAAGAAACAACAUCUUCGGUCCCAAACUAUCUACUUUCAGGUUGGUAGAGCAUCUUCUGUCAGCAGCUUCAAGAUUAUGACAGAGGAGAUUUGCCUUACAUCCAAAUUGUGUACCAAGACAUACAACAUUCAUCAUUUCACAGAGACUUUGUGGAUUAUUAUCCUCUCAUUAAAAGUUGAGCAGCAAAAUGCUCCUGAUUAUCCUUCUUUACCCCUCUCCCUUCGUUCAACAAGGCAUCUUCUAAUAGCGUCGAUGACUCGAAAGCCCUUGGGCAACGAGGAGCCUUGCGCAGCGGUGACAUGCUGUUGGCAUU